AAACGUCGUGAGAAUAUUGUGUUAUUUUAUCAAUUUAUUAUUUUAUUCUCAUUCUACGUGACUUUACCGAAAGAACCAAAGAAGGUAAACAAAUCACUUUAAAAUAUAGUUCGUGAACAAUUUGGUUUUUGGCAUGUAUUCUCCAGUGUCCUGUUCCUCUUCCUGCCCUUCAACGUAAUUUAAAGAAUGCACCUCCAUUAUUUGCACAGUUCUUAACAUGUCUAUGUCAUUGUUUAUGCUUCUGAUCCAUAUAACGUAGAUACUCUGAUUAAACACGGUUUUUUACAAUAAUUGAUGUACAGUAUGGCUUUUUAUCAUUAAGUCAGUCCAUACCGAUUACAUCUGGCGGUUCACUAGCAUUGAUUCAAGAAAGCAUGGUGCUGCUGAUGGGACACAGUUGAAUCCGUCCAUAGUUUGCUUGUACGGAAUGUGCUGCCGACAUUACACUCCGAGAAGGCCUUGGGAUUGUGUAAAAAAUAAAAACAUUUUACUUUGUGGAGCGAAGUUGACGUUCAGAUUGAGGAGGGUGGAGAAGCGACGUUCACAACGGGUGGAUAAAACCUCGCAAGGUGAUAUAGUAGGAAGCACAGGCGAUGCAUCAGCCAACCAUUAGUCUGUUCCGCAACCUGUCAGCAAUGAACACCACCACGCGAUGGCAUUUGUGCACCUCUGUGUGUGAGUGUGUGAGCGGUAGUGUAGCGGUCAGCGCGCUUUGCUGUGAACCCGGCAACUCAAGUUCGAUUCCUGCUCACGGCCAAAUCCAGUGACUUUUAAUCAGUCCCGUGCCUCCCCUAGGUCGACUCAGCCUAAAACAUGUAGCUGAUGCGGCGUGUAAAUAUUUCUACUCAUGAGACAGGCGGCUGGGCGUGGUGCUGGUCACCCACCCUCUCAAAUGUCUCAAUUUGGAUUACAACAGCAACAUCGCCCCCUACCGCGAAGACUUCACAGGACCCUCCUGAAACAUUUGAGACUCAGGCGUUCAUGGUAGACAAGCGCAAAUAAAAUUAAUAUCAAUGUUUAUACCUUGAAUAAACUUUGUUAUUUCUGAUGUAUUUUGCCAAGAAUUUCUUUCAAAAAUGUUAAUACAAUUUGCGAUGAUCACAAUACAUUUGAUAUGUAGAAAUACGGACUCUUACGAUUAUCGUGGAAACCAUAUAUCUUACAAUAUGAGGAAGCUAUUGGAGCUAUGCACUCUUAAGUCUACAUCGAAAACUCAUUUAUUUUUGUUUCGUGUGUUCAACAUCCGUGUACACAUCGUCAAGAAAAGCCCCGGCACGAUAAUCGUGGAUGCCGUGCGGUGCGCGAACAUCGCCGCCCUCGCUCAAUGCGCGAUCCCCCCCUGGGUUUCCGCGCUCCGCCUAUGGCGCGGGGAGGCGCAGGGAGGAGGAGCGCGCGGAUCCUCACUCGGAGCCUCGCGGCGAUGGAGCCUGGAGGGGAGCCUGGAGGGGACACGGAAUGCGAGAUGGGCUCGGCGAGGGGGGGCUCAGCGAGGGGGGGCUCGGCGAGGGGGGGCUCGGCUCGAGGGGGGUCCUGUGCGCUGGGGGCUGCGCUGUGCACGGCGUUCAUCAUCAUCUUCGGAAUCCUCGCUGUCGUCAACAGGUUAAUCGUGAUCGCGCCUGCAGACGUGUGCACCACGGCAGAGUGCGUGGAGGCAGCGGCCGCGGUGAUGCAGAAGCUGGACUGGAGCACGGAUCCGUGCGACAACUUCUUCCGCUUCUCGUGCGCGGGCUGGGUGCGCGCCAACCCCAUCCCCGAGGACGCCUCCACCUACGGAACCUACUCGCACGUGCGCAAGCAGGUGGACCUGAAGCUCAAGGAACUUCUGGAGAGGGAUAGCGACGAGCACACUGAGCUGGAGGCCAUCAGACGGGCAAAGGUUAUGUACCGGUCCUGCAUGAACGAGUCCCUCAUCGAGGAUCUGGACACUGCACCGCUACUGCAGCUGUUGUCCCACCCAAUGCUCCGCUGGCCGGUCCUGAGCUCUACCGUCGGAUGUCGCGACUCAAGCGAGGGACUCGCUGCCUGCCCCCAUCGAGAGCCCUCCUCAGAGGCCGAGCCGUGGGACGCGGGCGCCUUCGAUCUGAGGGAGACGCUGGCCGUGUUGAGCAGAAACUUCAGCCACUCCAUUCUCAUGUCCCUGCACCUGGGCACCGACGACAAGAGCUCGGCGCACUACAUCCUGAAGUUUGACCAGGCAUCACUGAUCCUUCCAGCCAGAGAGGACUACACCACCAACAGCACGCAGGCAGUCACUCACCGACAGGCGCUGCUCCGCCUCCUGGUCGACAUCGCCCUGAUGCUGGGAGCAGAGUCGCGCACUGCGCAUGAGGACAUGGGCGCCAUCCUCAACUUCGAAGUGCAGUUAGCAAACAUUUUGGUCCCGCGGGAGAAUCGCACGAGCGAGGCGCUCUACAACCGCUACACGGUGGCCGAAUUGCAGGACCUGAUCCCGCAGUUCGAUUGGCUGCGCUUCAUGAAGGCUGCGAUAGACACGCAGGAGAGGUACCCGGAGCUCAACGCCCUCAACUCCUCCGAGCCAGUCAUCGUCUGCGUGCCGACCUACUUCCAGAGCCUCUUUGAGCUGCUGGGACACACAGACAAGCGUGUUGUUGCGAAUUACGUGGUAGGACGGCUCGUGAUGAACAGGGUGCGGAGUCUGAGCCAGAGGUUUCUGCAGAGACACCUGCAGUUCCACCAGGUGGUGAUGGGUACGCGCUCGGUGCAGGCGCGCUGGGACUUGUGCGUGAACCUGGUGGAGGCCAUGAUGCCCAGCGUCAUGGGACGGCUCUUUGUGGAUGCCCAUUUCCAAGAGGAGAAGAAGGAGCUGAUGGAGAAGCUGGUCGAUGGGAUUCGCUGGGCAUUUGUGGAUAUGCUGGAGACCGAGAACACCUGGAUGGAUGUGCCCACCAAGCAGAAGGCAACUGAAAAGGCUGAUGCGGUGUUGGCCAGGAUGGGCUAUCCAGACUAUAUCAAGAAUAAUACGUACAUCAAUGAAGAAGUCAAAAUGCUGCGCUUGAGGGAGGAUGAUUACUUUGGGAACGUGCUCCAGCUGCUGCAGAACAUGGCGCAGCACGACUUCCACUGGCUGCGCAGACGCGUCUCCAAGACAGAGUGGUAUACCAACCCCACGACUGUGAACGCCUUCUACAGCGCCACGACCAACCAGAUCCUGUUUCCAGCAGGAGAAUUGCAGAAGCCCUUUUUCUGGGGAGACAAAUACCCAAUGUCCCUGAACUACGGUGCCAUCGGAGUCAUCGUGGGACACGAAUUCACUCACGGCUUCGACAACAAUGGAAGGAAAUACGACAAACAUGGCAACCUGCACCAAUGGUGGAGCAACACAUCGAUUGCACGCUUCUCUGAGAAGGCGCAGUGCAUGAUCGAGCAGUACAACAACUACUACUGGAAGGAAGCGCAGCUGCCUCUCAAGGGCAAGAGGACACUGGGAGAGAACAUCGCCGACAGUGGGGGGGUUCGAGAGGCCUUCAGGGCAUAUAGGAAAUGGAUCAAGGACAGCCGGGGCGGGCAGGAGGAGCCUCUGCUACCUGGACUCAACCUGACCCACAACCAGCUGUUCUUCAUCAGUUACGCACAUGUGCGGUGCCAAGCACACCGGCCUGGGGAAGCCAGGCAGAUGGUGCUAGUCGGGGCUCACAGCCCUCCGGAGUUCAGAGUCCUGGGAUCGAUGAGUAACUUUCCGGAGUUUGCUCGCGCGUUCCAGUGUGCGGAAGGCACCACGAUGAACCGUGGCAAGCAGGCGUGCCGCGUCUGGUGAAGCGCAUGACCGGUCCCCCAUCCCCGCGGGACUGCACGGACAUUCCAGCCGAUGUAUGCAGACUUGUUUAGGGGAACCAUACUCAAUGACAAACCUCCCAAAUUAAAAGAUCAAUGAGAAAUUAGGAUUUAUCUUGUGCAGAGUGCGAAAAGAAAGCUGAAGUGUUUUUUUUUGCACAUUUCCAACACGUCACUAUAUUGCACUGUUUAAAUGUUCGGCAACAUCCCACAUGAAACACCGCAGCUCCAUUGCAUCUGUUUGGCUGGGCAGAGACUGAGAUGAUCUGAGACCUGACCCCUGCCCUCCUCGCUUGCCUGGAUAACCCAGCCCCGCUUGCUCAACUAAUUCCAGCAAAGAUCUAGGAAAGAAAUGUUUGGCCUAUAAAAAAAAAAACAUUUUAGAUAAAAAAAUACAUUUAAUGCACAUGUAAAAUAAGUAAGAAAAAUGUGUCGCUUGUCUUCAUGAAGACAGAUUGAUACAUUUUUACAAUUAAACAUCUCAUUACCGUCUUAAAUCAAAUGAAUUGCACCUUGCUAAAUUCUAUUCUCUCAUUGCCAUGACAACUACCCACGUGAGUUGGGGCCAAGUUGAGCAGAGCCCUGGGAGCCCAGUUCUGCACCGGCUUCACUCCACACAAUGCACAAUUAGUUUAACAUUUCAGAACUAUCACUAUAUUAGUCGUGUUUUACAUCUAUAAUUCAUGUAUUAAAAGGAAAAAUGUAUUUACUAAACGUAGAUGAUUACAAAUUGACUGUGAUUGCAUAUCCCUUCGAGGGAAGCACUCAAAUAUGUUGUGCUGUAUGCAAUAAUAGGGGUUUUCUCCUUUUUUCUGGCAACAAAAUUGAAACCUUCUUACAAGGAUUCAUGUCUGCAUUAGCCACAAUACCCGCAGUCAA